UGGAACUAUGUUGCUCCACGGCUCCUGGAGGAGGAAACAAAGCGCCUAGUGUCUCCUUGUGAGCGCAGCUGGACACAGCUGUUGGGCUUUCAGGAGCUCCGUGGCCGGACCAGGAGCUGCCACUGCUGCACAGCUUCACCCCCCCCACCACCAUCAUCAUCCUUGGAGAAGUUGUAGUGCAGCCUGGGUGCUCUACAACUUCUCUAUUGUGGUGGCAGAAGCUGCUGCCCUCAGUAGUCUGUCUGCUGCACAGCCUGGGUGUCUACAACUUCCCUACUGCCUCAGUAGUCUCUCUGGCAUGUACUUAAGGAAAUGCACAUUGCCUUUUGUUCCUCAUUACUGCUGUCGCAUGUGUCUGAGGCUAGACAUGGGAGUCACAGCAGCCUGAAUUAGAUUUGAUAUACUGGCGGCUCAUUUGCAGCUCAUUUGCAGCCCUGAGCUCGUUUCAAAUGCACUUCCCCAGACACUAUUAUACAGACAGGGGAGUUUAAGUUCCCCCUUUGCUUGAAUGGAAAGUGUUUGUGAUUAGCUGCUGUGGAUUUUCCUCUUACAUCCAUUCUGGUGUGAUGUAGGUUCCAGCAGCAUCCUGUCACCAGCAGCUUAUGUUAUAUAGGUUACAACCAGCAAUCUCGAGGUUCUAUUCUUAGUCCUCUCCUCCAUCAUCAUCAUCAUCCUCAUCAUCAUCCAGCCCGUCCACCUGUGGCCUCUUCACCUCUUCAGCUUUUGGUUUGGGUGAGAGUGCGAUGAGGAGAGGCUUCAGAGUGUGAGGCCAUGGGCUGCACCUCGGCCAAGCAGGUGUCGGCCGUGCCCAACGAUGAGGAGGGACGCGGCAAGGCCUACAGCAACGGAGACCUCUUCACCGAUGAAUACAAGAUGAAGGGAGUGGAGGAGGUGAAGUACAUGAGAGGGGAUGAGAACCGGGUGAACGCACGCAACCAGGAAAACCUGGAGAAGAGUAAUGCGCAGUACAGGGGGAAACAGCAGAAGGAGGUCGCUGCAGCAAACAUCAAGUCGAAUAUUCACACGUCAGAGAGCCAGCAGGAAUUCUUCAGGAUGCUGGAUGAGAAGAUUGAGAAGGGGCGAGACUACUGUUCGGAGGAAGAGGAGGAGGAAGAUGGGACAUAGCACAGAGGCCCCCAUAAAGUCACCCCCAUAGAGAGCCUCACUGUGUGUGUGUGUGUGUGUGUGUGUGUGUGUGUGUUGAUGCGUGCCUGAGAGAAGAGAGCUAAAUCAGUGUUUUACCGACGGGGCGUUGACGGGACUCUCUGUGUGUGAAGCAAAGAUUUAAAUGCAAGUGAAAGAGUGGAGGAUGCUUGAGAUGAAGAGAAAGUAAGAGAGAGAGAGAGAGAGAAUGGAAUAUAAGAGAACUUUUCUUCAGAGACUACAGCCCUCCUCUCUUUAGCGCCUCACCCCCCUUCAGGCCCCUGAGCGGACAGAUCGAGGUGGCAGAGCGAUGAAGGGACGGACAGAUGAAAGGACGCGACGGGCGCCGAGAACGGAGGGGUGGAAGGACCGGGGGUCACUUCCUCCGAAAAACCUCCGUCCGUCCCUCCCCUUUCUGUCCCAUCCUGAAUAUUUAAGCCCUGCGAUUGGACAAAAGGAGCUCCUGGAGGACUGAGAGACACACAGGCGGAGGAGAAAAAAAAAGAUGGAGGUAACGCCACCAGGAUCCACACUGAACUUUCUGGCCUACCUACCUACAGUCGGUCUGGACGAACGGAGGGUGAGGGAGGGUGAGAGGGAAGAAAAGAGGGGGGGAAAUUUGGGAUAUUUUAAUAAGAUAGAGUUAAGGAGCGAGCUGGUGGUUUAGAAACUCUAAACUCCUGCCUUCUGAAGUCAAGGACCUUUUGUUUGUUUUUUUGUUUUUUUUUUCUGUUCUGCAGCCACUCAUUCAGUUAAAUGUUCCCUUUUUCUCUUCGGUUUGUUUUACUCUUGGCUUCCAUCGUAGUGUAUCGCCAUCAUCAGAGUCAUUAUCGUCCUCAUCACCACGGCAGGCGGACUGAAGCUGCAUAAUUCCGAGCAUCUGUGUCUCAACCCGAUCCAUCCUCCUUCAUUCACCCAAACAUUGCAGCUCACACACACACACACACACACACACACACACACACGCACAUACGCAAAGUCUUUUAUCACACUCAUUCCUCUGCAUGUACACACACAUGCACACACACACAUCAUCCCCUUCAUUCCACCAGCAGGUUGUCAUGUGCAUCAGUCAGAGGUAUUUCCAAAAAAAACAAAAACAUAAUAAAAAAAAAACAAAAGCUCUCUAUUUCUGCUUUGGUUCAGUGUACAUACACACACACACACACACACACACACACACACACACACACAUACACACACACUCUGGCACUGAAGCAGCAAACUGGGCUGAGCUGGAGGGGAGGAUGGGUGGUUGCCGUGGAGACACAGACCUGAUCACUUUAUUAUUUUAUUUUUUUUUGUUGUUGUUGUCAUCUUUACUGGAUACUUCCUGUUGUAUUAUUUUGAAUACUUUUUUUCUAUUAAAAAUAAAAGCGCAGAAGCUCUGAA